UCUCUACGCGACCUGUACAAGAAUAGUGGUUCAGCGUUGUUGAGCUAUCAGGUGGCAGAAGCCAACUUUUAAAAGGCUCCUUCGGUCGCAUCAUGCUCCUCCAAAGAUGUCAGAGCGAGACUAUAUUGGACUGCCAUGGCACCGUAAUCUCGUUCAUUCGACUUAAUCGGUGAAGUACAAUGAUAUGUCUUCCCAGAGACGACUCAUCAGCCCCCGUGUAAACGCUGACGAAUCUGAUCAUCUGACAAGCAAAGAUGAGCUUCUCGCUCCCGAAAAGCGAAUCGACAACCUCCUUGCUGAGAUCUUCUGCCGCAAACCGAAGAUCCACACAUCACCCGGAGCCUGACGGAGCCCGGCGGGCUCACCAUCGUCCCCCUGCGGUCCAGGUAGCUGGCAGCGCCGCCGCGGAGGAGUCGUUCUGGUCGGCUGAAUGCGAUGCUAGUUCGCGAAGACCCCUGUGUCACCCCUCAGUCAUCGGUAAUCGAGAUAGCGCAGGGAGACGUGGGACGAAGAGCCAGUCUCAACACUAUCGCAAUUCCCACGCUCCUUUGCCCACAGCGCACAGCCAAGAGGACUUCCCGGAGAGGCAGGAUGCCAACCGAGGAGGAGGAGGGAGGGAGCACAGCAAGACAUCCAGACACUCGCAUCGCCACCACCACCACCACCACCAUCAUCAUCACCACCAUAACAGAGGUGCCCGGGAUGAUCUGCCUUCGGAGCAGCGACCCAAGUACUCUAAUUCGCCCCGAAUGCCCAGCCGGACCCAGUCCUUUACCGAGGGUUCGGACGAGGCAGCGUUUUUCUUUGACUCACGCGAACACACCCGACCAAGUUCGUCCUUAAGCGCGGAGAUAUGCGCGCAGUCCACGGCGUCGUCCUCACCGGUUCCCGCAUCCUCCAGCAGGUCCUCCCGCCGAUCCGGAAGAUCCAGCGCAGCAUCCUCUGAAUCUGACUUUAAUUUGCGCCCAAUUCUUAACUCCCUUUUUGGACAGGACAGGGAGCUGAGGCCAGAGGAGAUUGAUGAGUUACGCGAAGCCUUCAGGGAAUUUGAUAAAGACAAGGAUGGCUACAUUGGCUGCAAGGACUUAGGCAACUGCAUGAGGACAAUGGGCUACAUGCCAACAGAGAUGGAGCUUAUUGAACUGAGCCAGCAGAUCAACAUGAACUUGGGAGGCCAUGUGGAUUUCGACGACUUUGUGGAGCUGAUGGGUCCAAAACUACUAGCCGAGACAGCAGACAUGAUCGGCGUGAAGGAACUCAGAGAUGCUUUUAAGGAGUUUGACACCAAUGGAGAUGGAGAGAUCAGCACCUCUGAGCUGAGAGAGGCCAUGAGGAAGCUGUUGGGGCAGCAGGUUGGUCAUAGAGAUCUGGAGGACAUCCUGCGGGACAUUGAUUUGAAUGGUGAUGGUAGAGUGGACUUUGAGGAAUUUGUCCGCAUGAUGUCCCGCUGAGAGACGGAAGCCUCGAACAGACCUCAUGUUCCAUGUUGCGUUGAGUUGAGUGUGUCACCUCCACCAGGAGCGGCGCCUGAGCCUUGCAAAUCUGAGCCAGCUUUCCUUAAAAGUCAGAACUGGAAACCACAACAUGAAUACGAAAGGAGGAUAAGUUUUGUCUCCUCCCGUUCUCUCUCUCUCUAACGAAUCAAAAUCACGUUCUCCUCUGUAGCAAGUUUUCAGCACCUUCUUGUGUUCCAUUGAAGUCCUCGGAUCAACUGCAUCCAAUCAUCUGUUUGUAUGAACUUCAUGGAGUGGUGACAUCCCAUCUAUAAAAAGGCAAUACGAUGUUCUGUGAUGAUGUGUGGUGUUCUUGUCAAUGUAGGCCUAUUGACACAUGUUUGUGCGUCCUAUAU